AUGACGACCACCGCGUCCCUUCCAACACCCGCGCACCAACUCUCCAACCAGACGCCUGCUUCAAAUCAAACAGCCCCUUCCGACGUCAAUUACCAAGGCCUGCCCAUUCCUCGCGGCCCCGUCACAGCGUCGCUAUCCUUCUACAAAGCCCCAGAAGAUGGCGCACCACCCCACAACUACGUUGAGCCGCUUCCAGGCGUGCCACAACGGAAUUGGGGGGAUGCAUGGACCGAGGUUACGCUCAAUGAUUUACGGGGUCAAGAACACAAUUUCACGUUAGACAACAACGCCUUUGACACGUACCAGAACAUUAAGAGCGGAUUGGACAGGGAUGGCUUCGACGAUGAUGACGCAGUAAAACGCGUAUAUUACCCAGAAGUGGAGGAACUACUCUUGAAGAACGUACAAGGCGCGCAGAGAGUACUCCUAUUUGAUCAUACGAUCCGCCGACCGACUGGCAACCGCAACCCUGUCCAGCGCGUACACAUUGACCAGACACCUUUCUCGGCCGCUGAACGAGUCAAGCUGCACCUGCCCGACGAAGCCGAACAACUCCUACAAGGUCGUUACCGCAUCAUCAACGUUUGGCGUCCACUCAACGGGCCUGUCAUGGGCAGCCCGCUUGCAGUCGCCGACAGCCAGACUGUGCGCGAUGGCGAUCUGAUACCUAUCGAGCAUCGCUACCCAGAUCGCAACGGACAGACUGCAGCUGUAGCAUACAACCCAGGGCAGAAGUGGUACUAUUGGUCGGGCAUGAAGAACGAGGAUCGUCUGCUGCUCAAGUGCUUCGACAGUGACGAGAGCGUAGGCCAGUGGGGGCGUGUACCACACACAGCUUUCACAGACCCUCGGACACCAAAGGGCGCGGUUGGCAGAGAAAGUAUUGAAGUAAGGGCACUAGUAUUUGGAUAA